AUCAGAUUCAUUGGUGAUUGAGAAGACCAGCAGUCAGCAGGAUGCGCUAUUGCAGCACCCGUGCCGGCGUUCAGGGCCGCAGCUUCAGAGAUGUGCUGUUCUCCGGAUACGCCGCAGACGGAGGAAUGUUCAUGCCGGAGAAUCUGCCGUCGCUCUCUGCUGAAACGCUGCGUAGCUGGAGACGUCUGUCGUACCGGCAGCUGCUGUGCGAAGUGUGCGAACUCUUCAUCCCAGAGCAGGAGAUCCCCCGAGAACAGCUGGAGGGUCUGGUGUCCAGCGCUCUGUCCAGCUUCUCGGUGCCGGACGCUGUGAGACUGGUCCAGCUGAAGGACUCGCUGUCCAUCCUAGAGCUCUUUCAUGGAGAAACGCUGGCGUUUAAGGAUCUGGCGAUGUCCUGCACCGCUCACUUCCUGCAGUACUUCCUGCGCAGAGAUCGCCAGCGCGCCACAAUACUCGUCGGUACGUCUGGAGACACUGGCAGCUCCGCCAUCAGGAGUGUGUUGGGUUUGCGUGAGGUGGACAUCGUGGUGGUCUUUCCUCGUGGACGCAUCACUAAAAUCCAGGAGCUACAGAUGACCACUAGCGUAGCGGAAAACGUCCACGUGUUUGCAGCCGACGGCACGUCUGAUGACAUUGACGUUCCUCUGAGGAAGCUGUUUGCGGAUGCAGAUCUGGUUCAGCGGCACCGUCUGAUGAGUCUGAACUCCGUGAACUGGUCCAGGAUCAUGGUUCAGACGGCUCACUUCCUGUUCGCGUACCUGCAGCUCACCCCAUCACUUCCUGAAGGAGACACACUUCCUGUGCUGGAGGUGCUGGUGCCUACUGGGGGAGCGGGGAACAUCACAGCUGGGAUUAUUGUGAAGCGGAUGGGCGUUCCUCUGCGGCUCGUUGCCAUGGUGAAUGCUAACGAUAUCGUCCACCGCACCGUCCAGAGUGGAGAUUUCUCCAUGUCCAGCUCCGUCACUCAAACACUCGCUCCUGCCAUCGACAUCCAGGACCCGUACAACAUGGAGCGUGUGUUCUGGCUGCUGUCAGGAGGAGAUGGACUGAUGGUGAAGAGCCUGAUGGAGGAGUUUCAGAAAACACACAAACUCAGCCUGCCUGCGUCACUCCAUCAGCAGUUGAGUGAAGUGUUGUCGUCUGGAUCUGUGUCUGAUGAUGGGAUACUAGAGGCCAUGAGGAGAUGCUGGCAGGACAAUCACUAUCUCAUCUGUCCUCACACUGCUGUCGCUGUGUGGAGACACUAUCAGAGUCCUGUCAGGCCUGGAGAAAACAGAUGCUGUAUAGCGACUGCAUCUCCGCAUAAGUUCCAGCAGGCGGUUCAGAGAGCAGGUCUGACCCUGGAGCUCCCCGAGUCUCUGCAGGUUCUGGAUCAGCUGGAGAUGCGCUGCGCAGAUCUGAAGUGCUCAGACGACUGGGAGGAAACACUGAGACGGCAUAUAGAGUCCAUCAGCUCGCGGAGAAACAGCUGAAACACACACGACUGCUGUGUGCGGAACUGGUGUGUGGGAAGUGGCCCGUUUUGUGUUCCCAUGUAGAACCUGUGAUGUAUUGAAACACAGUGGAUGGGAGAUUAUGCAGAGCUGUAAGGAAACACUGUCUCUGAAUGAUUGAGUGUUUCUGGUUGAUGUUUUUAAUAGUAAACCAGUUUUAACA